GGAUCGUUUUGUUUACCUUUUUUUACUUGGAAUUUAAUUUUUGUUUUUCUUUCUUAUUCUCAGUGAUUCAAAUGUUUUCGUUUUCUGAUUGCCAAUUAAUUUGAUUGAACACAAUAUCGAAACUAAAACUGUUCUAAAUGGCGACAAUUAAUUCCCUAUUGAGAUCCUGUCAUCGAUUAACUAAUUGUCGACACGUCAAGUCGACUCUAUUUACCAGUUCAUGUAAACAACUUUUUGACUCUUUCCGAGUUUCUGUUAAUUAUCAACAACAAUUAGGAAUAACCUCAGUUUUUGGUUACAAUAAGAAGAAAAAUUAUUAUGAAAUUCUUGGUGUUCCUCGUCAUGCCAAUAAAAGAGAGAUUAAGAAAAGUUAUAUCGCCUUGGCGAAAAUGUUUCAUCCCGAUUCUGUCUCCAAAGAGACUUCGAGUCAAGAAAAGUUCCAAGAGAUUCAGGAAGCUUAUCAAGUUCUAAGCGAUGAUGAGAAAAGAUCUAAAUAUGAUUCUCAGGUAAUGAAAGAAAUGGGAAUGCAAUUUAAACACCAUGAACGAACUAAAGAUUUCAAUCUAAUGAAAGAAACAGUUGAAGGUGAAACCCUUUUUCGAAACAUUUUCGGUGAUCUGGAAAAUCCUUUCGCCAAAGGUGAAAAACUCAAAGAGGGACAAUACGCCGAGACAAUUUGGGGAUCAACUCCAGCAGAAUCAUUAAUCAUCUCAUUAACCGUGGAAGAAGCGGCCAAAGGUUGUAAACAAGAAUUCGAGAUUCGAACCGUUGAUGUUUGCUAUUUAUGCAAUGGAACAAGAGCUGCUUAUGGAUUUCGGCCAAUCAUAUGUCCAUUUUGCGAUGAAAAUGGACUUGAAACGAUUUCUACCAAACCGAUUACCGUUAAAUGCAAAUGUCGAGCCUGUGGUGGAACCAAAGAGUAUUUGAAACACCCUUGUCCAGAUUGUGAGGCGACAGGCUAUCAAAUUCAAAGUAAAAUGGCAAGUUUCAAUGUCCCUCCGGGUGUGAGAGAUGAUGAAGUCUUAAAACUAGUCAUUCGAGAUCAAACAAUCUUGGUCACUUGUCGGAUUAAAGACGAUGAUUAUUUCAAAAUAAAUGGAAAUGAUAUUCAUACAACCAAUGAGAUUAGUUUAAGUCAAGCAGUUUUAGGAGGUAGAACGACAAUUAAGGGAAUUUAUUCAAAUUUUGACGUCACAAUACCGAGUGGAACUCAAUCCCAUGAGAAGAUUAAAGUGAAAAAUGGAGGUUGGCUUAAAGAAGAUCAAUCUUAUGGAGAUCAUAUUGUUCAUAUUAAGAUAAAGAUUCCCGAAAAAUUAUCUCGACGUCAGAAGAAAAUUUGGCAACAAUAUUCUCUCCAUGACGAAGAUAAUUCAGGAACCAUUGAUGGAAUAUUAGAUACAACCGAAGGAAAAAAAUAUAUCGAUAAAGACCAAAAAGUGGGAUUUUUUACCAGAAUCAAAAGAGCCUUAUUAGGAUAACCAAUUGUUAAUUGUUAAGUUUUUUAGAUCAAUAAAUUGAGUUUAGAUUGUAAA